AUGACGAGCAGCCUCGGGCUGCGUCCUGAUUGGACGGGCCCGGGCAGCUGCGACACUUCAGAACGUGAAAGUGAAAGUGCCGGGACAGCGCUGGUGACACCGAUCGUGCGAGUUAGUGCGAGGGGCACAGCGGGGCGGGGGUCCCCCCAUGUCCGGAUAUUCGGGGCUUUGUCUCAUAGAGGCGCCUAUUGCCCCCCCCCACCCGGCCCCAUGGCCUGGGGGCUGCUCCUGGCGCUCUGCGGGGCGCUCCUGGCUCCAGCCGCGGCGGGCGGGCGCCAUAGCCUGGGCGUGCUAGUCACAGCCAUCAUCCAGGAAGAUGGGACCCAUCACUUCAUCAUGAUCGCCCAGCUGGAUGAUGUUCAGAUCGCGUACUACAGCAGUGACAGGCGAGAGGUCAGACCCACCCAGACGUGGGCAGAGCAGGCUGUGGGUGCUGAGUAUCUCCAGGAAAAGACCCGGGAUUUCUGGGGGUAUGAGGAGGAAACUAAAGUUGAGACCAGGAGUUGGAUGCAGCUGCACAACCAGACGAGUGGGGUUCAUACUGAGCAGCUCCACGUGACCUGUGCCCUGAGUGGCCAGGCCCCCGUGGACCCGAGGUUCCAGUACGCCUAUGAUGGGAGGGACUUCAUCAGCUUUGAUGCCCAGACGGGGACGUGGGUCGCGGCCGUGCAGCCGGCCUUCCUCCAGAAGCAGAGCUGGGAGACCGGAAAGACUUGGACUCAGUACGUCCAGCACUACCUGCAGUCCGAGUGCCUUGGGACCCUGCGGAGCCUGGUGCAGCGGGGGAGGGCGGUGCUGGAGCAGCAGGUGUCCCCUGAGGUCUCAGUUUCCCGCAGAGACACUCCCGACGGCUCCGUCACCCUUUCCUGCCACGCCAGGGGCUUUUACCCGCGUCCCAUCCACGUCUCCUGGGUGCGGGAUGGAGAAGACAUCCUGGCGGAGACGGACUCCAGCGGGAUCCUGCCCAACGCCGACGGCACCUACUACACGCAGUCAUCCCUGGAGAUCUCCCCACAGCAGGAGGAUGGGCACCGCUACGCCUGCCGGGUGGAGCACAGCAGCCAGGGGGAGCCCGUGCUCGUCUGGGCCCCUGGGAAGAAGGGCCCCCUGUCCCCCGGGGUCCUGGCCGCCAUCGUCCUGGCCGUGCUGGUUCUGGCUGGAGCCGUAGGGGCCGGCGUCAUCCUGUGGAGGAGAAAAUCAGCAGGCCCCAUGAAACCCGGCUACGCUCCAGCAGCCAGUGAGUAAAUCCAGGUGCAGGGCCCAGCGCCCCAGUGCAUUAUGGGUGUGGGGGUGUCCCCAUGAGGGGAGAAGGGAUGUGGGCACUGGCGGGGCUGGGCUGCGUGAGUCACAGGCAUCGCUCCAACGGCCCAUUGCAGGCC